UGCUCCCGCGCCUCUGCAGGACGGUGUCGGGCGGCACAGCCCCGACCCCGGCGUCUUCACCUGUGCAGGAAGCCGGGGGACGAGCCGGCGCUUUGGGCACGUUUGACCUUGGUUGAAGAAAAAAAUUAGCCUGUAUGUACUGCUUUAACCACUUGAAGAAUGACAGAUGACAAAGAUGUGCUUCGAGAUGUGUGGUUUGGACGAAUUCCAACUUGCUUCACUCUGUAUCAAGAUGAGAUAACUGAAAGGGAAGCAGAACCAUACUAUUUGCUUUUGCCAAGAGUAAGUUAUUUGACGUUGGUAACUGACAAAGUGAAAAAGCACUUUCAGAAGGUUAUGAGACAAGACAAUAGUGAGAUAUGGUUUGAAUAUGAAGGCACACCACUGAAAUGGCAUUAUCCAAUUGGUUUGCUAUUUGAUCUUCUUGCAUCAAGUUCAGCUCUUCCUUGGAACAUCAUAGUACAUUUUAAGAUCACCAUGGUAAAACUUGCUGCAGCAUUGAAGUCCGUUGUGUCACCAGAGUCAGACAGCAGGCGGAAGGUGGAGGAGUCCCAGAAGGAACUUGAGUUGUGCAUGAGGACAGCUGAACAGUUACUUGCACAAAAACAGAGCCCCGGUGGUCUCAUCUCCAAGUACAAGAAUCUUCACAUGAGGAGAGCUGUGUUCCAGAGCUGCCACACUGGCUGUAAAGCUCAGCAGUGCCUCACAGCUGGGGCACUUGGCUGCGAGAGUGACUUGUAAAAUUCAGCUAUGCCACUGACGUGAGCCAUGAAUCUGUUUAAUGACAGUGCGGUGUCUCAUUUCUGCAAAAGCCUCAAAAGGAGGCAAAAGCAAGUGUGACUGGACAGAUUCUUUGGUAAAGUGGCACGAAAAGAAAACGAUUCCAUGGAGCCAAUAGACAGCAGUGAUUCUUUUAGUGACAGUGCAAGUAUCCUGUACAAUAGCCUUCCUCCCUCUUGACUCCCUCACAUAAGCCACCAGGUUUUAAAGUGAGGUGGCAUGUAAUACGCCUGGUUCAGGACCUCAUUCUUACAUGCUCAAAAGAGAUCAAAAGUUAACAUGGACAAAGUGAAACAAACUGGAGAUGGGAGAUGGAGAAAUGUUGAAACAACAGCCACCACCACAACACGAGGUUUUCAAUCCAACUACAAACAGAGCUUCUGUUCAGGAUGUCCAUGGGAAAACACAUGGGUGCACGUAUGUACACACAGCAUGUUGCUUAGACUUCAGGCUGAACUUGUAAGAAAAGAGGUUAAAAGGCAAAAGGGAAAUCUGAACCUUAAAUUCUCCACAAUCUCUCAUUUUAUUUUUUUUUCCUUAUUUUACUAAUUCAGUUUGUUUUCACAAAAAUACAGUUGGUAAACUAUUGGUAGGAUUCUGAUUCGGAGGUUAAAUGCUCCUUGAAUAAUACCCUGUGUGAAAUGAACAUAUCUUUUUCUUAAUUUAAAAAGGAGCUAAUAGGUUAUGUAAAUGAUAAAUCAUGUAAAACAGUAAAGGCUGAAAGGCUUGAUUUUUGUUUAAGGAC